AUGUGGCAGAUGACCGUGGACAGGAGGGAUCGUCGGAUACUUGGAGGAUAUAGAAUUCAAGUUGGAUCGAUAGUACCGUUCGGCGGGUCCAUGAUCUCGAAUACCGCGGGUUGUUCGGGGAUUGGGCAUCUCAGUCUUACAUUCAGCUCGUUAGCACUAUAUGGGGCCCGGCUGUGGUAG